CUCUCUGCCUGGAUCUUUUCUUCUCACCUGUAGAACCUGACGUUCCCAGGAUGACCUUAUGCCCUGUUGUUUUCGACGGUCUUCUCUGCUGGCCCCGUACCUUGGCUCCAUCGACGGCAACAGCCCCGUGCCCACGGCCUUCCGUCAUCGGGUACAACAACAAUUCGGUAAACCCAAUGGCAUCGAAGGUGUGCCUCGAAUCUGGAGAAUGGUAUACCAACAGGGAAAAAAUCGCAAGUAGCAAUUACACGCUCUGUACGACGUCCAGCUCCUUCUACGUCAGCUACGUCACCAAGUUUGAUCAGGAACUCGGCAACUACGAUGGGGACAGAAAUUCCACUCUUUUGAAGAAAUGGUUGCCGGUUAUAAAGAUCGUAUCGCAGAUAGGAUAUGCAUCUUCUUUGACGAGACUUGUCAUCGCGUUUAUCAUCUUCACCGUAAUCAGAAAACUGAGGAAUCCCAGGAACAGACUUCACAUGCAUCUGUUCGUGUCGUUCAUCAUGCGAGCGUUUAUGUCACUGUUCAAGGAUUGGGUUUUCGUUGAAGGAAUCGGCAUCGCCUGGGACGUGGUAAUGGUAGAUGGGAAGAACGUAUUCAUCAAGGAACACAACACGUGGAUCUGCAAGACCAUCACCAGUUUGUGGCAAUACUUCAUCGUGGCUAACUACGCCUGGAUUCUAAUGGAGGGUCUUUAUCUUCACAAUUUAGUCUUCCUAGCGCUUAGCACGGAUACAUCGGCCAUCACUUUGUACAUAUCCCUAGGCUGGGGGUUACCGUGCAUGGUUGUCAUACCUUGGAUAGCGGUCCGCCUAACGAUGGAGGAUACAUUGUGCUGGACAACCCACAAAAAUUCCGCUUUAUUCCUCAUCAUACGUAUACCGAUAAUGAUAUCGAUUUUGUGCAACUUCGUCCUGUUUGUGAAUAUCGUGAGGGUCCUUCUGGUCAAGUUGAAGACGUCCGUGUAUCUUCAGCGUAAGAAAAUGCGAUACAGAAGAUGGGCAAAAUCGACACUCGUUCUAUUGCCACUUUUCGGAGCCCAUUACACAAUGUUUCUGGGACUUUCGUACUACAAGGACAACAGCAUUGAAUUGGUGUGGCUUUUUUGGUUAUUGCCUCCAGUUAUUUGCCUCCUUUCAGGGGUGUUUCGUGGCUUUGCUAUACUGUCUCUUGAACAGCGAAGUCCGUAGAGAAGUGAUGAAGGCUUGGAAGGCUCAAAAGUUACGCCGUGGGGCGGAAUCCUUAAGUUUGGCGCAGCGCGAAUUGCCUAGAACGACGAACCUGAGGGCGACUUUCCAUCGUCCAAACAGUAACUGUGCCAACCAUAACGCGACCGGGCAUUGCGAAACUGUCGUACGGUAGCCGC